AUGUCCACCCAAGGCGGCUCCAAAGCCAUAGCCCCGACACUUUUCAAAGGGCGCGUCGGCCUCGUCACGGGAGCUGGAUCACCCUAUGGCAUAGGCCGAUCGAUUGUGCUCCGCCUGGCCGAAGCGGGCGCCGAAGUCAUCUACGCGACGGACCUGAACCUGGGGAAUAUUUCCAGCCUGGAGAAAUCCGUCAAGGAAAUCAAUCCGGGCUGCACGGUCGAGGGACGGAAGCACGACGUGGCAUCAGAAGAGCAGACGGUGGCGCUGCUGAAGUCCAUCGUCAAGAAACACGGCCGUUUCGAUUUCUACUUUGCCAAUGCAGGCUUUGCCGACGUCAAGAACAUCAACGACUUGACCACGCGUCAUUACGAGCGCGCAAUGAACGUCAUGGCGACGUCGGUGUUUUACGCCAUCAAGUACGGCAGUCAAGCGAUGGCCGUGACAUCCCCGGCGAAGCCGCAGUCAGCCGGGACGAUCGUGGUGACUGCAUCCGUGGCGGGCGUUUCAGGCCUGUUCUCGGACCUUGGAUACUCAACCGCAAAGACCGCCGCGAUUGGUCUGGUCACGCAAGGCGCCGUGAACCUGUCGGCGAGCAACAUCCGCGUCAACGGCGUGGCGCCCGGCGCCGUCCAGACGAGCUUGAUAGUCAACGCCCCCUUCGCGCAGCAGGAGAAGGAGUUCAAUCUCGUCAUGAGCGAGUCGGAAGCCAAGGAGGCGUUCCAGAAGUACAUUGACGUGCGGGGCGUCCAGGACCAGCAGCAGUACUACUACAACCGCGUCGCGCAGCCCGACGAGAUCGCAGAUAUCGCCGUCUUCCUGGGCUCGGACCUUUCGUCCGCCGUCAACGGGCACGUCGUCGUGGCGGAUAGCGGCAAAACCAAGGGAGCUCUUGGGGAGUCUUACGUGGGACCCGUUCCUCCGGUGCAGCCGUUGGACUUGUCUUGA